CUUUAAAACACCUAAUAAGAAUUUUGUGCUUAAACAUUAUUGCAUUAUGGCAUUUUCAUUGUUUAGUUUCGUUUAAGGGACAAUUACAAAAUACCAGCAAUGAGGAGGAGAGCAUCAAGAUCAAUAUUCAGAUACAGCAGAUAUGAUUCAAGAAGAAAAGAAGGCUCAUAGAUAUGAGUGAUGAUAUAAAUUUUUUUACACAAAAGAUUCCUCCUACAGGGCUUUCAAACUAAUUAGCAUUACCUCCUUGACUUGCACUUGUUUUUGUUCAUUUUUGUUUGUCAUUCUGCAAAAGUGCUUGAAUGUGAUGCGGACGAAGUUUUAUCUCGGUUCGUGAAGGCAGCAUCUCUCUCUCUCUCUCUCUCUCUCUCCCUCUCCCCCUCUCUCUCUCUGUCGGUGCUGACAGGUACUUCAGGAUUGUGGUGUUUUGCAGAGCUCACCAGCUGAGGUGACGACAGCAAAAGUUGAUGGUAUUCUCUAUCUGUGCUUCACCGGUUGAAACUUUGCAGUAACCAGAACAACGUGCAAAAAAGAGUCUCCUUUAAUUAAUGCUUUAACCGCGGGCUCCUCCAUCAACUCUGCAAGAAAUCCUCAGCAAGUGUGCAGACUGCAUGCAGCAGUGCGCUGCACCGCCUGUGUGGCUGCACUUACAAGGUUCCAUCUGAAGAAAGAAAGUGUGUGUCAUAGUGUGUGCGUGUCUGUGUACAUGUCUGUGUGUUUAUGUGUGUCACCAUGAAGCAUCAGUCUAUCUCGCGAUGGCUGAGCCAGCUGGGACUGCCACAAUACUGCACAGCGCUGGAGCAGGAAUACGAUGGCGUAGAGGAUCUGCUCCACCUCUCAGAGUGUGACCUCUUGGAGCUCGGAGUCCACAACAACCUCCACCGCCUGCACCUCCUCACUUCUUUACGCCUCCUCCAGGAGCGAGAGAGGAGGAGAGAGUUGAGGAUGAUGGCGGAGGGGCGUUUUGCCAGUUUGCCCAGGUCUCUCCAUGCACAUCACACCCUGGGAGGAGGCACCUCUCACCCUGGAGUCUCCAGCACCUCCCACGGUGCUCCAAGCAGCUCCAGGAGACUCCAGGCCUCCCUUGCCUCCUCCAUGGACCUCCUCAGCUCCAGACACGGUCACCCUCCAGGACGUGGCAGCAGCCUAUCAGAGCUCCCAGCAUCUUCCUAUCAGCCAAUCUCCAUUCACGGAACUCUGCCUCGACGUAAGAGGGGAGGGUCCAACCUCGCCCCCGGGAAUUACACCUGGGACCCCAGAGCCAAUCAUACGCAGCCAGUACUUUGCGGGAACACGGCGCUGGCUGCUGGACACAUCCAUCAGCCAAUGACCUCACCGCUGGUCCAAAAUAUCAUCGAUGACUUUCACGGUUACAGGGAGCCAGCUGCUGGCCUGGACGCCAUGGUGGACUAUGUUAAGUUCUCCAGAGAUCAGUUCAUCCUGGACUGUCCUUCAGAGAAGCUUCGCAGAGAGCUGGAGGAAGAACUGAAGAUGAACUGCGAGGAGCCCAGAAGCCACGCAUGGUACCACGGAGCGAUACCCAGACAGGUUGCAGAAAACUUGGUGCAGCGGGAUGGAGAUUUCCUGAUCCGUGAUUCGCUGUCCAGUCCAGGAAGUUAUGUUCUGACUUCCCAAUGGAGAAAUGCUGCUCAGCACUUUAAAAUCAACAAGAAGGUGGUGAUGUUGAACGAAGCCUACUCCAGAGUCGAGUACCGACUGGAAAGAGAAGGUUUUGACAGCGUCCCUGCGCUUAUAAGAUACUACGUCGGCAACAGAAAACCCGUCUCCCAGGUGGUAGGAGCCAUUAUCUUCCAGCCAAUUAACCGCGGGCUGCCGCUCCGCUGCUUGGAAGAGAAGUACGGACUAUCCGGUAAUCACAGAGAGACGGGGCUGAUGGAGCAGGAGAAGCGGAGUCAGAAGCGUCUCAGCCUCAACAUCACCAACGGACACACGCACGACAGCACACACACUGUGCACGAGGGCACACACUGCCAAGACAACGGCAUGAGCCGAGGCAACCAGCUCAGGUUGAAGGAUCGCUGCGGCAGCCAACCAGCAAGUCUCAAUCACGCCCAGGAGAGGCGACGCCCACUCAAAGCGCACCAAUCGGAAAGCUUCCUACCGCUUGGGUCCAAAUCGCAGCCCCAGCAGCCUCCUGACCCUCUCCUUCAGAGCUCUAACCCCAAGUCUCCGGUGUUUCGGACGGGCAGUGAGCCUGUACUGAGCCCCUCUUUCCCACGGAGAUGUGUAGAGCCUUUGGCAGGUCAGGCCAUCCGGGGUUCUGACAGCCAGCUGUGUCCUAAACCGCCACCCAAACCCAGUAAGGUGCCUAUGGGUCGACUGCCUCGCUCCCCCGGUCUUCAGCCCCUGCUUCCCCCCUCCAGCUCCUCCAACCACCCCACAGACCCCUCCUCCACCUCCUCCAGCCUCACCGCACCUCCUCUGGACUCCACGUCUAUGGAAACACUCGGUAGUACGUGGAGGAGUGGAGCCACCACAGUCCCUCCGGUCCCUCCAGUGAAGCCUCUGAAGUUCCAGCAUCAGCUCCUCCCCGCAGACUCACACAGUUCUGUAGUUUCACCUGCUGAACUGGCUUAUUAUCCUGAUUCAGAAGCAAUAACAGGACGGACUGAACACCUGCAGCUGAGCCCUGCGGACCUGAGGUCCCGCAGCCCGCUGGAGUGGGAGGCACCGAAUUCACCGAACUCCAUCACAGACGGCGCCCUCGAACUUCAGCCGGCGCUCUGCAGCUACGUGGAGAGACUGAGGAGAGAAGGGGAGGGAGGGAGAGAGGAGGAGGUGGAGGUGGGAGGGCGGAGAGGGCUGGACAGAAGCUCCUACCAUCACGCCAUCGCAGCCUUAGAAAACACCAGCGAGGAAGAGGAGGAGGACGCAGGGAGGGAGGAGGAGGAGCAGCAGCAGCAGCAGCGGGGCAAGAGGAGCAGUUUCCAGCGGCCGGUGGUGGAGACGGAGUCGGUGUUCCAGCCGGCGGAGUUCGGCUCUCGGCUUCUGCCGCCGGAGAACAAACCGCUGGAGAUGGUGGUGCUGAAGAGGGCGAAGGAGCUGCUGCUCAGCCACAACCACCACAGUAUCGCCAGACACCUGCUGAUGGCCGACUGCCAGGUUGCGAGGAUACUCGGAGUGUCUCCAGAGCUAAAAGGUCAGAUGGGCGUCGCCUCGGGUCUGGAGCUGGUGACCUUGCCACAUGGUCGACAGCUGAGGCUGGACCUGAUGGAAAGGCACCACACCAUGGCGAUAGGCGUUGCCGUGGAUAUUCUGGGGUGCACGGGCAGCGUGGAGGAGCGGGCGUCCACGUUAAACCGCAUCAUCCUCGUCGCGUUGGAGCUGAAGGACACGGUGGGCGACCUGUUCGCUUUCACGGCCCUGAUGAAAGCUCUGGACCUGCCGCAGAUCAGCCGUUUGGAGGAAACGUGGACAGCUCUGCGAAGGAACUACACACAGACCGCCAUCAGCUACGAGAAAACCCUCAAACCUUUCUACAAGAAUCUCUAUGAGGGCACAGCUUCCUCACCUGCGGUGGUCUGCGUCCCCCUCCUGCUGCCUCUCCUCACUUUGAUGGAGCGUCCGUCAAUCACACCUGAGGGGGCGGAGCUCUGGGAGACCAGCGACCAGGGCUGUGACAUCAUGCUGCGCCACCUAGAGGCUGCACGCGACGUUGCACACAACGCAACGAGCUACACAGUGAACGCACAGAAGAUCUUACAAGGUUUCCAGUGUGAUGAAGACCUGCUGGAGGUGUUUAAGACGGACUUUCAGCUGCGGCUGCUGUGGGGAAGCCGCGGAGCAUCAGUCAACCAAUCAGAUCGCUACAGCAAAUUCAACCUCAUCCUCACUGCGUUGUCACGGAAACUGGAGCCCCCGCCAAAAACGCAAACCUUGAUUUGACUUCAACAAACUGAGCGAACGACAAACAUACGGACAAAUCCAGCGAAACAGAGACUCAUGUUUGACAGAUUGAUGGUGUUUGGUCUUCCAGUUAAACAGAUUAAAGUAACAUCUGGUGGAUCAGACACCAGGUAUGAGAAAGGGAAGAUGAGAUAAAACCCUCCCUGCAGCGACUAAACAGAAAAGCUGUGGUCAGAGAAUGAUCUGUUGUCUGAAGUAGCGGAUACGACUCAAUAUCAAACUUCGAAUAAAAGACUCUCCUGCAGCCGAGGCUCGACGGUUUGAGUAACCCGGCAGCGUCUCAUCUUAUUGUUCUGGACAAAGUGCUGUUUGGUGCAAGAUGUAGCUUUUUCACUCAGUAAGAUAACAAUCAAACAUCAUUUUAAGGAGAAUUCUUUCUGUUUCUCCAGCGCUCACAGCAUCACUGUCCAGUUACAGUUUAAACCUACAAAAUGUCACAUCUUCAGGAACUAAGAAUAACAGCCUUAAGCACUGUUGCAGAGUUCAACACAACAUAGUUUCAACGUUGAAUACAACUGAGACAAGUGCAAUCCAAAAAAUGUUUGUUUAGAGAAUAAGAAAUCACCCCUGUGCAUGUUGGAGAGGUACUAACCUCUGUUACCACAGUAAACAAUAAUGCACAAUAGAAACAUUUGAUCAGAAGGAUUAUUUAACACAACAUGUGUUUAACUUGGUGAAAGUGCAUUUUUGAGAUCAUUCACUCUCAGCUUUGAAAUGCCUUAAUGAGCCUAAGAUCCUGGUAAAUUCAUGUAGGAGCGUGUAAUCCUUAAAUUUAUCCCAUAAUAUAAAAAUCACCAAAGGUGGACAUAUUCACUAGACAGUGACAAAUGAUGUUUAGACAUCAUUUGUCACUGAGUAGAACUAAAUUGGACUCACAAGUUUCCAUCGCUGAGAUCAGGAGACGCAGCAGCCGCAGGUCACAAACGGAAACUCAAAAAUAAUGUUAAACAUGCAGCUUCGUCUCAACUAAACUAGCGUUAUAUAUUAGUGUGAGAACAAAACAGACAAGAGAGACUUUUAAGGGAAACCUGCAGAGUAAGAUGCACUUGUUUUUAUAAUUGUAUCAUUGACAUUCCAGUUAAUGUUGUGAAAAGAUCAAGUUAAGUGUCAGGUGUCUUUUUAAAGGCCUCAGUAACUCUGAUUCCUGAGUGUAAGUCAAAGUCAACAAAGUCAGAGAAUAGUUUGAAAGAAGAAGGAAAAAUCAUUUUCUAGAUAGAAAUAAUAACUAUUUAACAGAAGUCAUGAAUAAUUGAGGCGUCGGCCUCUUCUUCUGGUCAGGAAACAUUUAAAUCUCUUUGACCUUUGAUACAAAACCACCUGAUCAGAUUGUUGCAGGUUUAACAAGUGAAAAACAUCAGUUAAUAUAGAAUAUAUAUAUAUAUUAUAAUAAUAUCAAGGUUCCCUGAGACAUUUUCUGGGUGAAAUCUGUUUCCCCCCCCCCCCCCAAAAUCUGCAGAGAACAGAGAUUAUUUCCACAGGAGCAGCUGAUUAAUAGCAGCUUUAUCUGUGUAAAUGUAGAUAAAAGUGUUUGUACAGAAACACAACAGAAUCCAACAUUUUGUUUCUGUAUGAAUCCAGGAUUUUAAAAAAAAAAGACACACAAAAAUAUGUCAGAGACUAAAGCUGUACAUAUGUGACGUAUUAGCAUGUUAAUAAUCGACUGUAUAUAUUUUCUGUAGAAGACUGACUGUAAAAAAGAUGUUGAUGAAUUUUAAUGUUUAUAUUAUGAACUACUGUGGUAAGAUUUAAUAAAUAUGGUGUAAUGAUC